GUGCAGGCAGCGGGACAACACUGGUGCGAUGUGCAGGCAGCGGGACAAUGGCGGUCAGAGAGCAGCCUUUGAAAAUAUCUGAGAGCGCCAGCAUUUCCCUUCCUGCCUCCAUGGGAGCCAACCCUUCCCCUUCUGUUGCCAUUGGAGCUUCCAUGAGAGACAACCCUUCUUCUUCCACCUUGAGGAGAGCCAGCACUUCUCCUUCUGCCAUUUGAUGUCAUCUACCCCCCUUCUGUCCGAGGAGUUGUUCCAGUGCUCGGUGUGUCUGGAUGUGUUCACUCAGCCUGUUUCUCUGCCGUGUGGUCAUACAUUUUGCCAGUCAUGUGUUCUGACACAAUGGACGGCAUCUGGUGCUUCCCACUGCCCAAAGUGCUCCACAGUUUUCCAGGAAAUACCAGAACUGUGUGAAAAUUCUUUUGCUCGUGAGAUGGCCGAGCAAAUUCGUAAGCAGAGGGGUCAAAGGCCAAUGGCGCAAUAUCCAGUGAACUCAGACAAUAUUUUAUGUGACAUGUGCACUAAAGAGAAAGCAUCACUUGCUGUAAAAUCAUGUCUGGUGUGUGUGGCUUCAUACUGUGCGGAUCAUGUGACCUCUCACACCUCCAGAUUCAUUAAACACAUGCUGGUGCCACCGCAGAGAAGGAUGGACAAGCGAAUUUGCAGAAUACAUGAAAGACCCUUGGAGCUUUACUGCAGAUAUGACCAAACCUGUGUGUGCGUGCUGUGCACGAAUACAGAACACAAGACCCAUCAAACAAUACCAGUGGAAAGAGAAUGGGAAGACAGAAAGAUUCAGCUACAGAAGACACAGUCUGACCUUAAGAGGAUGAUUAAGGAGAGACGGAGAAAAGUAGAGGAGCUCAAGGACUCUAUAAAGUUAAGCAAAGAGAACACAGAUGGAGAGAUGGCAUUCAGCCUUGAGGUCUUCACUACACUGUUGCAGUUUAUAGAGAGAAGUCAAAAUGAGCUGAUCCAAAACAUGAAGCAAAAGCAGAAAACAGCAGAGACAAAAGUGGGGAAACUCAUUAAAGAACUGGAGAUGGAUAUCUCUAAACUACACACUAAACACUCCGAGCUGGAAAAACUCUCAUGUUCUGAAGAUCACCUCCAACUCAUACAGUCGUUCCCUAACCCAGGUGUGGUGCCUCAGUGUAAAAGCUGGUCACAGAUCAGCGUGCACACGUCUCAGGGACUGGGGUUACUGAGAGAAACUCUGACUGCUACAGAAGAACUGAUGGUGAUGCAAAUACACACUGUCACACAGAGAGUUUUUAGGAUGUCAUUGGCUGCAGUGGAUGAGACGGCAGGUGACCUCCCUGUGAGAGAUGUGGGCUUGAGAGGACUCAUACCUGUUCCCCAAGACAUAGAUCAUGAUGCAAAAAACUGGAGAAGACCACCACAUGUGCUGAAGAUAAGGGAUCGUCAGCGUUUAUUCAAAGUACCACAUGAGCAGCUGGAAGAUCAGUGUCUACGUCUAAAGGAGGAGAACACACUUCUCAAACAGCACAGUCGCACACAAGAGCAAAAACUACGCAGGUUGUCAACUAAACUGCUGAGAUUAAAGCAAGGACCUGAGGCUGUGGCAAGGGAUGGUGAACUGGAGGACACUAUUCAAGAGCUGGAGGCUCGUGUAGCGACUCUAGAGAGCCAGAAGAGGAUGCUGCAGAGUAAACUCAAUCUAGCCAAACAACAUAUUUUGGACCUGGGUGUCAGAGCCCAUUACAGACCAAGGACAGGUGUCCGGCGAGCUGCUCAAACCGCUCCUGCUCGCUGGGGUUUCAGUUCAACGGAUGAGGCCAGAGGAGAGAUAGACAGAUUACUUGCAUUACUCAGAUCUGCCAUCACAGAAACCCAGCAAGAGAGGGUGGCAGAGCUGGAAUUUACAUCUCUCAGAGAGACACUCAGACACAAAGAGAAAGAAAUCGAGAGUGUCCUGAAAGAUUUACGCAGACAACAAGCUGAUGGAUACAGGCUCACCAUAAAGGAUAAUGUAGAUGUGAUCAAACUGCAGAAGCAGCUCUCUGAAAAGAGCGCCGCCAUUCUGGUCAUUCAGGAAAAGUUCACUGUUCUUCAGGAGGCUUAUGAGAAUCAGCUUGAGGAGGAACAAAAAUCUUUAAAAGAGAGUCAAGGAGCAUUGCUGAGAAAGGUGGAGGAAUUUAGCGAAGAGUUGAAACAGGAAAAACAGAGAGUGUUGACAUUAGAAGAGCAGCUCAACAAUGCCACACUUUCACUGCAAGCUCUGAGAGAGCUUCAGGAGAGAGUUUUAGAUCUAGAGGAGGAGCAGAAUCUUUUAAAGAAGAGCUAUGAUUCACUUCUGGAGAGCACAAUGUCUAGCCAGACCCAUCAACAGCCACAUGAUGAUGAAGAUAGAAAAAGGGAAACAGAUGAGGUACAGAGGCUUGAAGAAAGACUGCAAGACGAGACAAAAGAGAGGAGGAUACGGAAGAAGGAGAUGGAAAAGCUAAAACAAGAGAAUGAGGAACUUCAGAAGGAAAAGGAAUGGAACAGAGAUAUAGUUAUGUCCUUCAGAGACAAACAUGACUGCUUGGAGCGAGAAGUCCUACAACACAGACACGAAGUCACAACUUUACAAGAGAAACUUGACUCUGUUACAAAAGAGUUUGAUAUGAGUGUAGAAGAUCUGAGUGAAACACUACUGCAGAUUAAGGCCUUCAGAAUGAAAAAGGAAACUCAAAAGGAGAUGAAGACCGUUAUGGAGAGACAUGAAAGAGAGAGAGAGGAGAACAAGAGAAGGGCAGGGGAGAAAGACAAACUGUUGAAAAGCAGAGCUCUUCAAAUCACCAAUUUACAAGUUCAGCUCAAGGAGUUACAAUACAGUCCUACAAACUAUAAACGGACCACACUGCCACAAACCAUCCCACUGCAGUACACCUGGACAGGACUAGAGCUACAUUCAGUCCAACCCACUGAGGACGACACAAUAUUCAGACAUGUGCAUGAGGGAGAGUCGCUUCUAGAGAUCCAUUUCACAGGAGCCACAUUUACACUUCUGGGACUGAGACUCAUGGGACAAGACACAGGAGAUCAGCAAGGGCUGGUGACGUUUUGCACGUAUGGCUUUCUUGAUUUUGAGAGCCUCUCAACACCAUUAAUAUGUGGAGAACAGCCAAAUUAUGGCUUCACGUCACAUUACGCUCUCGCUGCCUUUGACGUGGAGAAGCUCAGGGUUCAGGGUGCUUUUAUUAUCGCUGAACUGCACCAGGCGCUCGGAGGGGUGAGAUUCAUGACCCGUGGCCGAGCGAGGAUCUCUCUACUGGACGCGCUACAGCGGAGAGGUGAAUGGAUGAAAAACAGAGCCAACAUUACAGGGGCUGAAGGGGAAGUUAUAGGGAUCCUUGAGUUUUGGGUAUGUUUGCACCCACAGGUGGAACAGGUGGAAUCACUAAUGAAUAAAACUAUGAGAAGUGUAGAAGCAGCAAGACACACCAGAGGUUCAGAAUGGGCUACUGGUGAACCAGAGGAAAUAUUUGACUACGGUGGAGGGAUACCCAAUGAGCUGGAGGUUGUACUGGAAAGGUGUGUGGGUCUCAGGACACACUGGCCAGGACUGCUUCCUGAUGCUUACCUAACUUACCGUCUUUAUGACUUACCACCUCACUCCACAGCCAUUAUCCAGAGCUGUGCAGAUCCCGUCUUUAAAGACUCAGUGAGAUAUCCAUUAGCUGUCACUAUGGAUCUAUUAGAAUACCUGAAUGCGGGCAGCCUUUGGGUAUAUGUGUUGGAUGACAGCGAAAGACAGACGCCUCCUGCGUACCUGGCAAAGACACCAAUCCCACUACGGGCCCUUGCAACAGGCAGACCAAUCAGAAGUGAUUUUGUUCUUAGAGACCCUGCCGGCAAUCCAAGAGGAAUGUUGAGAGCCAGUCUGAGAUGGAAGUAUCCUUUCUAUGCACCUGAAUCAACCUUAAAACAAAGAGAACGAGAAGAACCAAAGACAAAGAGGGCUGAAAUAUCACAGAGACCCACUACCAAGCCCAGUCCUCCAUCAGCCCAUAGACCCAAAACUGCUCAGGCUCACCCAUCCGUGUCUAAACGGACAUCUGAAAGAGUUUCAGUGACACCCACUCAAUCUCCAGCUCCGAAACGAAUCCCACCUAUGCAGAGGUCAUAUCCCAGUAAACCUUCAUAUACUUCAACUCAAGCAUCAAGAUCAGUAAGGGGGAAAAACCACCACACUGCAGCAUUGCUCAUUCCAGACAAAGCAUCCAGAAAGACGGCUCACUUGACUCCUGCCAUGUCUAUUAAGUCACAUGAAUCUGAUCGUGUUAUCGACUUCAGACCAUCAAUCUCAGAGCCAAGCAGCCCUCAUAGCCGAAAGAGUGAUUAUAGUGAGUCAAGAGAACAGGAGGAUGAUGAAGACAAGAUGGAGGAUAGAUCUCAAAGUGAAAUUCUUCAGUCUUAUGAAUCCAGAGAAUCAAGUGAAAGUGAUGUUAUCGUAAUUCCUCAUCCUCCAAAGCCACAUAAACAGGGAGACAUACUGAGAGUGGAAAUCCUGUCACUAUCUUUUAACCCAACCUCCAAUGUCGCACUUAACCAAUCAGUGCAUCAAGUCUAUGUGGAGUACCGCCUGCUAGGCGUUCCCAUGGAGACAACAGAAACGCCCAUGUCUUUACGUAAACCAACUGAAGGAGAGGAAAUUCAUUAUAACUUCAUGAGAGUUAUUCAUGUAGAUUCUAUAGAUGCAGCUCCUCUGAGACAUUAUCUCUACACAAUGCUGGAAGGUACUGACCCCAACCAGGGCAGGUUAAAGUUCACUGUAGUGAGUGAGCCCAUGGAUGAGCAAGAAGAAUGUGAAGAUGUUGGAGUUGCCUAUUUGGAUUUACGGCAACUUCUUUUGACUGGAAAUGAUGUUAUUAAACGGCAAAUCAAUGUUGUCAGUGUGAAUGAGGAGCAGGUGGUGGUGGGAAACUUGAAAGUAUCUGUAGAGGCUGCACAGGCUCUGAAUGGAAUCUAUCAUGAAUAUCAUCAGAUUGAGAAGAGUGACAGAAGAGCACAGACAAACAGCACAGAAGAUGAAGAACUGAUGAAGAUAAACGACGAGAUGAAGGUGCUUGAGUUUGAUGGAGACGACAGUGAUUUUUGAUGAAGAUCUAGAAUCUGAAUGUAUUUUGCUUAUUGACCGUGUCUAGCCACAAGAGAAAAUUUCCUGUCAUUAGCCUGUCCCUAACGUACACUUUAGAAGUUUAACAUAGACUCAGUCAGUCACCAGCCAAUGGUUUUUAUAUUUAUAUGAGGCUAAUAAAUGAGGCAAGUCUGUGUUAUCACACAGAGUUGUUUCAUUUAUUAUCCUUAUAUAAAUAUCUGCCUUUUUAGCAUAAACAGGAGACUGAAACAUUUUCCAGAAUUUCAAGAAUAUAGAAAACUCUAAUGAAGCAUUUUAAUUAUGUAGUAUUUUUCCUAAAACAAAUGCAUCUGCAUUCACAGCCUUUUGUAAAUUAAAGGUUUUUACAAGGUGCCUGGCAGUGCAUCUAUAGACUAGUUUGCUGUUGUAAUGAGAACAUUUAGCAAACUUUACGAAAAGCACAAAAACAAAAUAUCAGUAAAUGUUUCAUAUCCAAGGCACACACAAUGAGACAACAAAGCCCUUAUCUGUGUGACCUCAAAGAGCCAUCACAUUAAUCAUAACUGCCUUUAGUGUCUGUUUAAACAGCUACUGUAUUCAGUUAUCGUGCAUGUGUGAAGAGAAUGUGUGUAAAUAAGACAAUAUCACUGUAACCGUAAGGUAUACUUGAUCAUUAAAUUCCCUGUCAUGCAAUUUUCCCUGUCAAGGAACAAAGAGUUUUGUUUACACCGUUAAAAAGAAUAUGUAAAAAUAGGCCACAAUAUAUUGUAUAAAUAUGAAGGAAUUUGCCGUAGUUAAGGGUUCACCGAAAAAUAUAAUUUUACUCACCCUGGAGUUGUUCCAAACCUGUCUAAAUUUCUUUGUUCUGAUGAACACAGAAAAAGAUAUUUGGAAGAAUGCUUGUAACUAAACCGUUCUUGUCCACCAUUGACUAUAGGAACAAUUACAACAGUAGUCAAAACUGCCCCAGAACUAUUUGCUUUCCUACAUUCUUCAAAAUAUUUUACUUUAUGUUCAGCAGAACAAAGACAUGUAUGAAGCAGUUUUUCCUACUUUGGAAAUUUAUACAGAUUUGGAACAACUUGAGAGUGAGUAAAUGAAGACAGGAUUUUCAUUUUUGGGUGAACUGUUCCUUUAAGUUUUUACAGUCGUUUCAUCCAUAUAUUAAAAUUUGCACUGCAUUGUGUUUUACAUUAACGGAAUAGUCUGUAAAAUAAA